UGGUGGAGCUGCACUAGGGGGCGCGGCGCCUCCUCCUCCUCCCUGUCCUCGCUGUGUCAGCCUCUCUAUGGUCACAGGUAGACGGAGCCAAUAAGGACGCGAGGGGCGGGGCGGGCUUCUUCGCUAGUUCUGAGCCAUGGAGCAGGGGCGGGCAUGGCUGGAGGACGGGCGGCCGCGGCUAAGUUGAUGUGACUCCUUCUGAAACAUCUGACCCUAAAGAGAAAGUUCCCGCCAUGACGCCUGGGAAGGAGCACGAAGCAUUAUAUGAAGAUUCCUCUGGGGAUGGUGUCAGCACCAUUUAUAGUGGCACGGCACCACCGCAACGGUCAGACUCCACCGAUGAAUUCACUACCUACUUUGAUCAGAAAGUGCCUAUACCUGAAGAUGAGAAGCACCCAUGGUUCAGUUUUCGGAAACUCUGGGCCUUCACUGGGCCAGGUUUUCUCAUGAGUAUCGCCUACUUGGAUCCAGGCAACAUAGAAUCGGAUCUGCAAUCUGGUUCUGUUGCAGGGUUUAAGCUGCUCUGGGUUCUCCUGCUGUCCACAGUCAUUGGGCUUCUCCUGCAGCGCCUCGCGGCAAGGUUAGGGGUGGUGACUGGACUUCACCUGGCAGAAGUAUGCAACCGGCAGUACCCCAAGGUCCCUCGGAUUAUCUUGUGGCUGAUGGUGGAGCUGGCCAUCAUUGGGUCAGAUAUGCAAGAAGUCAUCGGCUCAGCAAUUGCCAUUAACCUCUUGUCUGCUGGGGUAAUUCCUUUGUGGGGUGGAGUUCUCAUAACCAUUGCCGAUACUUUCGUGUUUCUGUUCCUGGACAAAUAUGGCUUGAGGAAACUGGAAGCAUUUUUUGGCUUCUUGAUCACUAUUAUGGCCAUCACGUUUGGAUAUGAGUAUGUUACGGUGCGUCCAGACCAAGGCCAGCUCUUGAAAGGGAUGUUCGUGCCGUACUGUGAGGGUUGUGGGCCGCCUCAGUUGGAGCAAGCGGUUGGGAUCGUGGGUGCCGUCAUCAUGCCACACAACAUGUACUUGCAUUCUGCUUUGGUCAAGUCUCGACAAGUGAAUCGGGCAAACAAGAAGGAGGUGGCUGAAGCCAACAAGUAUUUCUUCAUCGAAUCCUGCAUUGCCCUCUUUGUCUCUUUUAUCAUCAACGUCUUCGUUGUCUCAGUAUUUGCCGAAGCUUUCUUUGGGAAGUUGAACAACGAUGUGCAUGAAGUCUGUGCAAAUGAAAGUUUCUCUCAAGCUAGACUGUUUCCAGAAAACAAUGAGACCCUGGAAGUGGAUAUCUAUAAAGGGGGUGUCGUCCUUGGCUGUUACUUUGGCCCUGCUGCUAUGUACAUCUGGGCCAUUGGGAUUCUUGCUGCGGGUCAGAGUUCGACCAUGACUGGAACUUACUCUGGGCAGUUUGUCAUGGAGGGUUUCCUCAAUCUGAAGUGGUCCCGGUUUGCUCGAGUGGUUCUGACCCGAUCCAUUGCCAUCACCCCAACCCUUCUGGUUGCCAUUUUCCAGAACGUAGAAAGCUUGACUGGCAUGAACGAUUUCCUCAAUGUUCUCAUGAGUUUACAGCUUCCUUUUGCAUUAAUCCCAGUCCUCACCUUCACCAGUUUGCGUCCUGUGAUGAAUGACUUUGCUAAUGGCCUGGGCUGGAAGAUCGCUGGAGGAAUUCUGAUUCUCCUAAUCUGUGUCAUUAAUAUGUACUUUGUGGUGAUCUACGUGACUGCCCUGGGACAAGUGGCGCUGUAUGUGUGUGCUUCCAUCAUCAGCAUUGUCUACCUAGCCUUCGUGGCCUACUUGACUUGGCAGUGUUUAAUUGCUCUCGGGAUCUCCUUCCUAGCCUUUGGGCACACGUAUCACCUGGGACUCACUGGUCACCCUGAACUCUUCCUCCUGAACAACGUGGAUGCUGCCCCAGUCUUGAGUAAAUGAAUCCUUCUGAAGCAGAGGACAUAAAAAGUGGACUUCUCGUUUUAAAAAAAGGAAGAAAGCCCUCCUAUGCUGCAAAGAACAACAUUUUAAUUGGUUCCAGGAGGAGGAUGUAUGGUUGAGAAUAGAAGAUGGAGGCAAGCUUCUUUUGCUUUAAGAGGAGCACAAGUGAGUAGGGACAGUGGAUGCCUCUUAAGGUACUCUUGAAAAGAGAAUACACUCAUGGUCAAACUCAAGGUCAACUGUGAAGGCUGUUAAAAGGGCUACUAACAUCACACACCAUAAAGGAGCAGUCUUGUAUGUAAUGGUGACACGUAAAAAUCUUAUUGUGUGGGUGACCACCAACUAACUGCAAAAUGGUGGAAGGGGUGUUGAUAGAUACAGAAAAGCAAUUAGUAGAUGCUUUUCUCCAGCCCUACAUCUCUGCUGUCCCCCCCCCCAUCCCAUAACUGGUUUUCUCCUUGUUGGGCUUAUUUUUUUAGUCUUGGAGCCCAAUUGGGUUGAAAAUGGCUGGAGAAGAAGGUUCAUCUUCUGGGAGAGCAGGAAACCAAAGGAAGGUUUGGGACCCUUUUCCCGUCUUCUGUUCUUCCACUUGAAAUUUUGCUCUUGCUAUAGAAAUGGUGGGCAGUGAGCCAUUCUUGAAGAUAGCCGCGACCAUCCCCUGUAGUUUUGAGCGUCCAUCCUCAGAGAAGGAGGUCUCCUGCUCUGAUCCUCCCAUGAUCAGCAAAGAGGAACUCGGCCACCAUGUCUCCCUGAGGGACACAAGAGCAAAGGAGGGGAAGGUGGAUGUUCUGGAGCCUUUCUCACAGCUGGCGAGACUACCUGUACUUGUUCAGAGCAUAGCUGUGACUACAGGCAUUCCAGCACCACCUCUCUACUGAGCCUAUGGAUCUGGAGAAAAACAGCUUUUCUUUUUUGAGAAGCAGGGCAGUUUGCUAGCAUUCAUGGUGUUGAACAGCUAUCAAAAAACGCAAACCAAAAUGUUUUGUAGUAAGACCAAAGAGUGACAAGCUUGUGACUUCUCUUCUGACUGCUCCAAUAUGUCCUUUAAUCUAGGACCACUGUACACGUACGUUGUGCCUUUUAACUACCUUUCCCAACCAACAUGGUGCCCUUCCAGGAAUAGUGGGCUGAAGCUUCUACCUUUCUCAUCUGGCUUUCUUUCCUUCUCUUUCAUCCCUUGCUCUGUUCUGCAGCUAGAGUAGAGCUGCUGAAAUAGCGCAGAUUGCCAAAUCUGAAAUAAGCUGACAACUUUAGCAAACCUUGACUUUUAACAAUUCAGAUCUAAUUAUUAGAUACAAUAAAAAAUAACAGAAGUCUAAAAUUACUGUUACAGAAAGGGUGGUAAUUUGCAUUGUUUAAUCCACUUCUAAUGAAAAGUUUUUGUUUUGUUUUUUAAAAAGCAUCUGUAGCAAACUAAGGCCACUUCUGGCUUUUGUUCUUUUGCCUUCAGUUUUACAGAUAAAUCAUGAUAACGAACGAGGCAAUAUAGUUCAGACGUAGAUGGAUCUGAGAAAGUUCAGGAUAAUUCUUGAUGUAUAAGCAGAUUUAUCCACCCCUUCUGUGUAUGUAGAAAGCAAUAGCAGUUGGUGCUGAAUUUUGAUUCCUGCAUCAGUUUUCAUCAUGUUCUCAGUCUCGUAUGCAGAAUGAAGGAUGCAUGUAGCAAUGUGCAAUGGCCAAAAUCUUAUUGGCGUUCCUGUAAGGUUUGAAUAACCUGCUAAGGGCAGCUAAUUGUCAAGGUGUUGCGGUGCUUCCGGUGCAUGACAAGAUACAUGACUGAGAUGUGUCACAACAUCUCAUAAACUGCCUGCAAUUAGCUGCCACAAGUUAUUCAAAGCUUAUGUGAACAUCAAGAGAGUGCUGGCCAAGGUCUGCAGCACUUCUCUAUUUUGAACCCAUUUUAGUGUGCAGAGCACAUCCAGGCUCCAUUUAUUAAUGUCGUCUGCAUGUUGCCUGCGAUGAGGGAUAACCUGGUGGUAACAGGGCUCUAGAACAGUGGCUCCCAACCUUGGGCCCUCUGAUGUUCUUGGCCUAAAACUCCCAGAAGACUUCACUGUUAGCUG